UACUGGUAGAGAACUCACCUGGGAAGUAGAGUGCAGAGCGGCCAGACCUCCGCCCAGGGGACCCAGGCAGAUGGCAGCACACAGCCCCAAGGGCAGCCCGCCCCUCUGACCUCUCCUCUCCACUUCCCAAGCUUCCUUCUCUUCUGGGGAACAAGACGCCAAAGCUUUGGGGCUGUCUUCCCUAGGUGGUCAAGAAGGCCAGGAGGCACAAACGCGCCCCCUCCCCCCAAAAGGGCCUUUGCCCCAUUCCCGGUUCCCCGCUGAAUCUUUUCCCCACCGUACCCUCCAACGCAGGCCCGGGCGGCUCAUGAAUGAACUGCACUGUAUGGGGCGCAAGAAGAGGACACGCUCCCGGGGCCAGUCGCCUUCCCAGCCCGCCGAGCAGUCCUCAGACCGGCUGGGGACAGCGGCCGGCCUCGUGCCAGCACCCACGAAACCUGCCCUUGCUCGAGCUCGACCCCCUGCCCUGCGCGGGCUUCGGCGGUACUCGGCCCCGGGAGCAGGAGAAAAUAUAAAAGAGAACGAGGCCAUCGGACUUGGCGACCCUGGAAUUCAAAACUCGGAGGCGGGGGCGGCGGCGGAUUUGCCCUCGUGGGAUCCCAUGGCUUCCUUUACUGGGCUCUGGAGCCCUUUCACCCAUGGAAGCAGAGCACUCAGCCAGCGCUGUUUCAGCACCGCCGGGAGCCUCAGUGCAGUUCAGAAGAUGACGCGGGUGCGUGUGGUGGACAACAGUGCCCUGGGGAACACCCCAUAUCAUCGCCCUCCUCGUUGCAUCCACGUCUAUAACAAGAACGGGGUGGGCAAGGUGGGCGACCGGAUACUGCUGGCCAUCAAGGGACAGAAGAAGAAGGCACUCAUUGUGGGACAUCGAAUGCCUGGUCCCCGGAUGACCCCCAGGUUCGACUCCAACAAUGUGGUCCUCAUUGAGGACAAUGGGAACCCUGUGGGGACCCGAAUUAAGACACCCAUCCCCACCAGCCUACGCCAGAGGGAAGGCGAGUUUUCCAAGGUGCUGGCCAUUGCUCAGAACUUCGUGUGAGCAGAGCCCAGGCUGUUGGCUGCAGUGGGGCUCACGAAUGGAGCAGUUCUGAGAAGUGCGCCUUUGCCGAAGGGAAGCUGGGGGCCUGUGGCUGGGAAACUGUGUGUCCUGUGAGAAAUAAACAUUUUCGCGUACGUUUUCUUC